AUGAAGUCUGUUUUCUAUAGUCGCUUUUUCAUUCUUCUUCCUUGGGUACUGAUUGUUGUGAUUAUUAUUGAUAUUGAUACCAGGAAACCAUCUAACUCCAGCAGAGUACCCACCGCUCGCUACUACUCUCCAUACUGGAGACGCAGGAUUGGUCGUGCAGCUUUGAUGCGACCCCAGCCAAGUGACACCAGUAUGGGUACAUGGACAACUAAUCAGGAGCACCUAACCAAUCUUGAGUCACAUAGGGGGAAGAAUGACUCUCUUCCCAUUAUAUAUGCCAUCACCCCCACAUACAGCCGACCUGUUCAAAAAGCAGAACUAACUCGACUGGCUAACACAUUCCGUCAGGUGCCUCGGUUACACUGGAUAGUAGUAGAGGACUCUGCUCAGCCUACAGAUUUGGUAAGGCGAUUCUUGGCCAGGGCAGGUGUAAAGGCCACCCACCUGCAUGUUCCCACAGCACGGAGGUACAAAAAAUCUGGUUUACCUCGAGCUACCGAACAGAGGAAUGCAGGAUUAGCUUGGCUACGACAACAGUACCAACCCCAGAGGUACCCCGCAGGUGUUGUCUUCUUUGCAGAUGAUGACAACACUUAUAGUCUGGAGCUUUUUCAGGAGGUAAUUUUAUAA